AUGAUAGCUCGUAGACUUCAUUUUAAGAAGGUUGUAGUUGUGCUUGAUGACAUAGAUCAUAGAGACCAUUUGGAUUACCUUGCAGGAAAUCCUAAUUGGUAUGGUAAUGGGAUUAGAAUUAUUGCAACAACUAGAGAUAAACAUUUGAUUGAAACGAGUGAUGUGAUAAAUGAAGUGACUACACUAGUUGACCAUCAAGCUAUUAAAUUGUUCAAUCAAUAUGCUUUCGUCAAAAAAGAAGUUCCCGAUGAAUAUGUUGAGAAGCUCUCAAUGGAGGUUGUACAUCAUGCUAAAGGCCUUCCUUUAGCCCUACAAGUGUGGGGUUCUUUAUUACAUAAGAGGGACAUAACAGAGUGGAGAAGUGCUAUGGAGGAAAUGAAGAAUAACUCUAAUUCAGAAGAUGUUGAAAAGCUCAGAAUUAGCUAUGAUCGAUUGGAGACCAUACAAAGAGAUAUAUUUCUAGAUAUAGCAUGCUUCUUACGAGAGAAAGAUAAAGAUUACAUCAUGAAAAUUCUUGAGAGAUGUUAUUCUGGAGCAAAUAUUGGAUUGCGUGUCCUAAUUGACAAAUCUCUUAUUCGGGAGAACCUAGCAGAAUAUGACAUUGAAGAUUUCAAAGAAGUGAUUGACAUUAACACAGGGACCAUGACAGUGGAAGCAAUCUGGUGUACUUAUUUUGGCAAAUAUGCUUUAAUAAAAGAGGAGCUUUUGCCAUGUCUACGAUGGCUAGAUCUGAGCUUCUCUAGUAGACUGAUGCAAACACCAAAUUUCACGGGGAUGCCAAAUUUGGAGUGUUUGAAUCUGGAGAAAUGUAGUAAUCUUAAAAAGGUUCACUCUUCCCUGGGUGAUUGCAAAAAACUCAUUAAGUUAAAUUUGUAUCGUUGUAAAAGCCUUGAGAGUUUUCCAUAUGUUAAUGUGAAGUCUCUUGAACAUCUAAAUCUAGAGGGUUGCCAAAGUUUGGAGAAAUUUCCUGAAAUCCUUGGAAGAAUGAAGUCGGAGUUAGAGAUAAAGGUGAAAGGCAUUGGGAUAAGGAAAAUACCGUCAUCUAUUAUUCAGCACCAAGCUCUUCUUACAAAGCUAGAUUUGUCAGUCAUGGAAAAACUUGUAGCUCUUCCAAGUAGCAUAGGCAUGUUGAAAGGUUUGGUGAAUGAAGGGUUACGCUCAUUGGAAAUUCUGAAUCUCAGUUUCUGCAAUUUAAUAGAUGGAGGACUUUCGGAAGACAUUGGAAGCUUAUCGUCUUUGAAAGAGUUGCAUCUCAAUGGAAAUAAUUUUGUGCAUUUGCCUGAAAUCAUAGCCCAACUUGGUGAUCUUGAAACCUUUUACUUAUCAAAUUGCAAGAGGCUACCACAGCUGCCAGAAUUUUCAAAGCAAUUGCAUACAAUAUCUGCAGAUUGGAGCAAUGAUUUGAUCUGUAAUUCAUUGUUUCAGAAUAUCUCAUCUGCUUCAGAUUCCUUGUCACUAAGAGCGCUUGUGAGUUGGGGGAUCAACAUCCCACAUUGGUUCCACCAUCAGGGAACUAGUACAAGUGUAUCAGUCAAUUUGCCUAAACAUUGGUACGUACGUGACAACUUCUUGGGAUUCGUUGUAUGUUACUCUGGAAAAUUGUUUGACAUGACAGCUCACUUGAUUCCCUUAUGUGAUGAUGGGAUAUCGGGUAUCACCGAGAAACUUGCCUUAUCCAACCAUUCAGAAUGUAAUCCUGAGAUUGCAUUUUUGUUGAUACCUCUUUCUGGCUUGUGGGAUACAUCUAAGGCAAAUGGGAGAACACCAAAUGACUAUGGGCUUUUUAUGUUAUAUUUCUAUGGUGAAAUGAAGCAUUAUGGAUUACGUUUGUUGUAUAAAGUUGAUCCUGAGCUUGACGCUAAUUUCUCCUCUUCUAAGAAAUAUUCUAAUAUUCUUGGGAGAGUCGUCAGUUUUUCAGCUGCAAACCAAGGAAUUUAG